AUGAAAGUCCUCAUUCUCGGGCUUCCCAGGACAGGAACCCAAUCCCUCGCCGACGCGCUGAUCCAGCUCGGCAUCAGCCCCGUCUACCACAUGCGCGAAGUCGGGGUCAACAACCACCAGGAGUUGUGGAUCCGCGCCAUCGAGGACCACAUCCCGGCGUUCCUCCCGUCGGAGCAGAAGAAGAUCAGCACCAUCCCCUGGACCCGCGAGCAGUGGGACACCAUCCUCGCGCCCUACGAAGCCGUCUCCGACUUCCCGCCCGCGCUCUUCCCCACGGCGCUGGCGGCGGCGUACCCCGACUGCCCCAUCAUUCUCUCCACGCGCUCGUUUGAGUCCUGGGCGGCGUCGAUGCGCGACACCUUAGUUCAUGGGUUCGUCAACCGCGACCGGGAGAAGAGGAGCCCGAUGGAGGGGCUGGCGGCGGCGUACCACUCUGCAUGCUGGGGGGACGACUUUGAGAGGAACGGGCGGGGACACGAGCGCGGCAGAAACGACUCCAUCAUGGACAAACUCAGAACAUUCUUCGACAAGCCCUUCUUCGACCCGCGCCACAAGACCAAGGUCCACAUCCUCCAGCUCGUCAUCAUGACCACCGCCAUCAUCCUCACCAUCGCGCGCAUGGCCAUGCCCGUCAUCACCACGCGAGCCAAUAUGAUGGCCCUCACCAUGGGCAUCAAAUCCUUCAUCAUCAUCGGCUACCAGCUCCUCACCGGGCACAAGGAGCGCUUCAAGAAGUGGGCCUCGCUCAAGGCCAACGCGAUUCUCAACACGAUGGAGAUUGUGUUCUGGUUCGUCGCGUUCGGGUUGCUGUUCUCGGCGAACACGACGUUUUGCACGGGGGCGAGUUGUGCGCUGAGUUGGAUCGUGACGCUGCUUUGCGCGGUGUUGAUCGUUCUCGCUUUCCAGACGUCGGUCGUGUCCAUCAAGGAGUUUCGGUAUUUCAAGAAUUAUCGGGUUACGUACGAGACGAAUUAUCCAAAGGUUUAG